AUGGGCUUCGUCGACUCGUCCGUCGACCAGAGCGAGCACUUGGAGCUGCUCGCACGUAUUGAGCGUCAGUUGUACGUACAUUCUACCACUGACAAUCGUAUUAUUAAGUCUGCUAGCGCUACUUCCUCUUCUGUCAACGUCUGGUCUCCUCUCUCUGCUGAACUCUUUCACAAUCUUUGGACACUUGUACUGGACGUUGUCUUUGCUCCAUUAUGGCUUCGUAUUCAUGCUGCAGAGCUACUUUGUGUCUAUUGUGACACGGAAUCCGAAUCAGAUCAACUUGUGAAACUUCAUACUCAAGAGACACAUAAACUUCGUGCAAUUGUAAGCUCCACCUGUCAAGCACUUGAAGAAUUAAACGCCAUGGACACGAUACAAGCGGAUCAACUGUUUACAUGGUUUGGAUUCCUGGAACGAGUCUUGUUGGCUACAAAAAGUGACGUGUGUAGCCAAGUUUUCCAGAAUAGCAUGUAUACAGGCAUGCUGAUCAAGAUGUUGCGACUUCUGUCGGCGUGUUCGACCAAAGUCUUUGCUGCGACAACAAUAUGUCUGGGUCUCUUUCAUUCUCAUGAGAAAGCUUGUGGCCAUUCUGUCUUGGUGAGACAAGUUUUGAGGGAGAUGAAGGAAGGAAGGGAACAUUUGAGUGGUGCACUCUUGCACGUCAUUAACUCGUGUGGGUGUCCAUGUCCGACGGAAAGGACGAUACAUCUUUGGAAUACUCUGCAGUUGUUUGGCGAUAUUCUGGCAGAUGAAACAGCUUCGGAAUUGGUGUUUCCAAAUGACUAUAAAGUGCUCAUUGAUCUUAUCAUUCGGGAAUCGACAGAUCUUCCACAAGACGAUAUGACUCGUUUUUACUUUAUGAAAUUGUUGCAACGAGUGCUGGACUCUUCUCUCUAUUUUCAAGUAAAAUUGUAUCGCAACCGGGAUCUAUUGGAACUAUUGGAGUCAUUGCUAAAAGCCGGAGUUACUCAAGAGUCCACCAUGCCACGAGAUGUUGUCGAAAUUAUCAAACAAAUUCUUGUCACCCAUAUCGACUUGCUUGACUGA